AUGUCUGACCAGAGAAGAACACAAAUGAGAUUGUCUUUGGCUGAAUUAAAACUAAUCAUAAUUGAUGAAAUAUCAAUGGUCUCGAACAUGGGUCUCCUGCAUAUUCACCAGAGAUUGAAAGAAAUAUUUGUUACACCUAAUAGUGAACUUUUUGCAGGAAUCAGUGUACUUGUUUUCGGAGAUUUCUUUCAGCUACCACCAAUUCGAAGCGCAACAACAUUUUCAAAUUAUAAGAAUGAUACAUUCAAUCUACACCAUCCCUGGCAUGUCUUUAAAAUGGCAGAAUUAACACAGAUCAUGAGACAAAAAGAUGACCUCGCCUUCACUCAACUACUAGAAAAUACAUGCAUGCAGAAACCCUCGCCUUGCUGACAAAACCGUUGUAUUUUCCGAACAUGAAGUAUCUAAAGUAGUUGUCAUGGUAACACGAUAACUUUUUAAGAAUAUUCUUACAAAUGAAAAUCGCCUAAAAAUAUCACUUUUAAUUACAAAAUUAUCAAUUUCCCAACAUAUUUAUGUUAGGUACGUAAUUAUACGUAAUACAAGCUUCAAUUUAAGGUAAAAUUCAACCACAAACAAUUCACAAAACGUUUUAAAGUGUUCUUUAUGAAACUAAACUGCCUUUAACUAUUAAAUGGCUUUAUCGAUAAACUUUGAGUUUGCAAUAAAAUUAUUUCAAAUUCUCGCUUGCAAAUAACUUUGCUUUAUUUUUUAUUUAAAAAAUUCAAUAUAAUAAAAAAGGGAAUCAAUAUUAAAGAUACACUGAAAUUAUAUGCUGUCUUGUUUAGUUGUUUCAUAUACGCAAAGGCCGUCGGGUUUUAAAGCCAUUAUAAAAUCAAUAUUUAAAACAAACUUACCUUCGUUAACGUCGGCUCCCUUCUUUUAGCUGAUUCUUUCGCCCUUUCUUUCUUGAAAUUUACAAAAUCUUGCAGAAAUACGAGCAAAAAUGAAGAAUAUUUGCAAGAAAUUUAUCAAUCAUCAAUCAUCAAAUCAAGAAAUGUUUGCUAUUUCGCUGUCGUCAUGCAGCCGUUAUAAUGCAAACUUUAAAUUGGACCAAUCAGUGUCCGUUAUUCAUGAAAGUCCGCCAUAUUUUUGAGAUCAGUGAGGAUGACCACCCAUCGUUGGUGACCGACGCCCGCGCUCAUUGAUGAACUUUAGACUUCGCUAAUGCUUUCGUUUCCCCGGGUGUAAAUAGCCGGGGGGAAUUAGUACCCUCGCACGGCGCUUCGCGCCGCCGGCUCGGGGAUUAAAUAGAGUGCGCACCGCUUCACAUACAGACGAUGACAUCAGGUGUAUUCAAUCCAGAACAAUAACUGCAGGUGAUGAAAAUUAUCCAUCGGAUGCAUUACACAUCUUUACAAAAAAUGCACCAGUAGAUGAGUACAAUAUUGACCGCCUACAACAAAUUCAAUUACCACAGUACGUUUUAGAAGCUUUAGAUCAAUUCCCACCUCAUGUUAGAAAACAGGAUAUCGAUAAAGUGUUGUCUAAAGGAAGAUCCGAAACUGGAGGGCUUCACACUAAAAUCCUGAUCAAAGAAAAUGCGAGAGUUAUGCUCACAACCAAUGUGGAUAUUAGCGAUCGACUAAUUAAUGGCCAGUUAGGUACAGUAAUAAAAGUUUCUGUUGACAAUGUUAGUAAUAAACCCUCCACAAUUUUUGUUAAAUUUGAUGACAGUAAUGCUGGAGUAUCUGCUGUACGAAAUUCGUCCAGUAGUUUUGCAAGAGAAAACAAUCUUGUUCCUAUCAAACCUGUAUUGGCGAGAAUUAAAGUCAGACCAGGAAAACCAUCAUCUCCUGAAAUGCAAAGAUUACAAUUUCCUGUAACUCUCGCAUGGGCAUGCACUGUUCAUAAAGUACAAGGAUUAACUGUAGAUAACAUUGUGGUCAGUUUUGAUUUAAAAAAGCAAUGGUAUUUUAACUAUGGUCAGGUAUAUGUAGCACUUAGUCGAGCAACGUCUUUAAAUGACCUGCAUAUUUUAGGAACACUUGAAAGUAAACAUAUUCGAGCUAAUCCUAAAGUCCAGAAAGAAAGGCCUGCUCUGGGACCUUAACUCGCCGCGAGAUAAGGCGAGCCUAUGCGAGUUAAGGCGAGAUAGGGCGACUUAAGGAAAGAUCUAGCCUGCAUGGCAGGCGGUACUUGGGAAAUACCGCCUGCCGCAAAACUGGGUGUAAAUGAACUACCGCCCCUGAAGCAUCAAAGCUAUUUAUAGAUGCAUUAAGUAAAUAUUCCAAAUUAGCCACUCCCAAGUUGCUACCAAGUCUCAACAUAAAAUAUUAAAUUCUGGCCUUGAUUAUCAUCACCGCCCGACUGAAUUUUAAAAUCCUCGUGAAAAUGUUUUAUAUUUCGUUAUACAAUAUAAAUGUACCGCCCGACAAAAUAAUUCAAGACAGUUAAUUUUUUUAUAUUUUAUAUAGAGUUUUUAUUGCCAUUUUAAACUUCAAAUUUGAAACAAACAGAAUUUUGAAUGAAAUUUCAUUGUAUUUUAAAGAAACUCAGUCAUUCUGUCAUUGUUCGUGGAGAUACGAACUAUUGAUAUACUGUAUAAAUUAUAUAAAUAUAAAAUAUAAAAAAUAAAUCUCCCACUGUCUUCGACAUUUCAAAGUGUAGACUGUGUCUAGUGAUGAGAAUUAAGGAAUUUAUUUUAUGUGCAGCCUAUAAGUAAUAUAAACCAAGCCGCCCGUUUAACUGCCUUAAAAUGGUGGUUUAAUAAGCUCAAAAUACAAAGCAUGCAAGUCUAUACUAUAGAUUCAUCAUCAGUCAACAACCAAACUGAAAGUUUUGAACCUUAUAGAACGAUAGUUUUUAUUUGUUUGCAACUAUAUACAUGCAUAUUCAACGGGUAUAUAAGAGUUUUAACUGUUAUUUAAUAAUUACUGCAUCAACCGUCCCAUACCCCUAGUUUAUACUUUGGAGGUUCGUAUAUCUAUCAAGUAUCUUUGCUUCAGAACAUGAUAGGCCUAUAUGAAAAUCCCACCGUUCGAUUCAGUGAAGAAAUAUCUCCUAAUUUCUAUCGAUAGUUUUAGUAAAAUGUCAACAUUAUUGCGAUUUAUGGCCUUUGAAAGUCAAGCGAGAUCGUAUAUUAUCAAAUUAAUAUACGCAUGUAUUUGUCUGAAAGAAAAUAUAGACUAGCCCAUACCUUUCGUCGAUCAUAACUUCGGCCCCUUCGGACGUAUCUUCUUUGUUAAAUAUUCUUGUUCGAAUCGCUAUCAAAAACACUAUUCAGAGUGUUAUUUUUCAGCUCGUAUCUUUAAAUUUGCUUCUUUUAUUAUGGUAUUCCAUUUCUGCAUGGUCUGACUUGUGAUUGUGAACUAAUUUCAAAACGCAGAGUUUCAAAACGUCAAAACAUUUGGUUAAUGAUUAACAUUUAACCGAAUUUAGCCGUUGAUUGACAACUACAUAAAAAUACUAACCAAUCCGUUUUUCCGUUCACCAGCGGACGGGUAAUUCAAAAAUCCCUAGUUUUGCGGCAGACGGUAUUUCCUUUGCCUCCCUAAUUUUCGCUGCCUGUAGAAAUACCGCCUGCCACGCAGGCUAGAAAAGAUCUGGCUACUGACCCUUGCGAGUUAAGGCGAGAUAAGGCGAGUUAAGGAAAAAUCUGGAUAUUGUAUACACACUAUGUAUUUUGCUUUGUUUGUGCAUUAUGCAAAGCAAGUAUGCAGUACUUGAAGUAGCAGGCCUAGAAAAGUGUUUUAUUCUAUAUUCUACAAUACAUACAUGAUAUGCAAAAAACUCGGGACCUGGAAACAAGUUGCAUCAAAACGAGGCUGGUAGCCAGAUGCCAAAUUGUAUAAUUUGAGGCAUUAUGCAUAGUGUAUAUAGAACUGCAUUGUUUCCUAAAUCUUCACAGUAUCAGUUGCUAACUUGCUAUGACUAGCUUCAUCACAUAUUUUGUAAUUUUUAGCUGUUUUCAUGAAUCAUGACAUCAAUUAGGUUCGAAUUUGUUUGCAAGCAGCAGUUCUUGUAUUCAAUUUUUAAUUUAAUUUAAUAUAAACAUUGAUAUGAAACAAAGAGAAACUAAAAAGCUUGCUAGGAAAUUAUAGAUUAUUUACUAUUAAAUUUAGCACUUUAAUAACUAUUUUAAUUAACGAUAUUUCGAACCACAAUGAUAUAUUAAAUGAUAACCAACGGUCAUAAUACUAAAAUUAAUGCCCAACUUACUUGCUUUGGAAACGUAAAUGAAUGUAAAUGACAAUGAUUCCUCUGUAUAAAACUGUAUUAUUGUUUAAUAAUAUAUAUUCCUAUUUCCUAUCAAGCUUUUAUAUUCAGAAUUCACUGCCUCUCAUUAACACUAACACUAAGUAUUGCAAGCAGAUUGUAAUUUUUCCGCUGAAGGGAGCAAUCAACCUCGUUCCCAGGGCUUCAAUAUUUUCAAUAUCUGUUCCCAGACAGCAUCCCGCCCCCCUGGUAAACGGAAUCUUCCUUCCCAUCAUCGCGGUAAUUCCUCUGUGGUCGGGGGGGAGGUCUACGCAGUCUAUAAGUCAGAAUCAUUCGAUUCCGCAAAGGCAAUAUGGCGGGAUAUGCAUCAUUUUAAUCAACCUAGUCCCAGUCGUUCUGAAGCAAGCGCGAGAAAAAAGUGGAUGUAGUACGAGACUGGGACCUAGGUGUGACGUCACCGCUCAAGGUGCUUCAGAACGCCUAGCAGAUUUCAGUAUUUUUAAUAUGGCGGAAAAUUUAUAUAUACAAGUAACCUUUUAAUUAUAAAUACGAUAAUGUUCGUUCAUCAUGUACAUGUUCGAUGUCUACAUAACCAAAUCAAACUGUAUUAAAAAUGUGCUCAACUAAAAAAAUUAUAUACAAAUUUACGAUACCGAGUUUGAGCAAUCGUUGAUGUUAUUUAUGUACUCGCAAGUUGUGAUCAACACUAGACCAUACUGGUAUACACAACUACGCUUUCUACUUGACAGGUUUAAAUUGCUGAUGAGAUUGGAAAUAUUUGCCUGACAUGACGGUGUUGUCAAAACAUUCAUAGUCGGAGACUCGGCAUAAUUUUCAAGCUUCUAGAUAGCAUUUAAUAUGGCUAUAUAUUUUAGUAAACACGAGCCAUAUUUAGCCCGUUAUUCCAUUCUGAUCGUAUGGCCGCGAAACGUAGCCUACUUCAUUGUUCCGAGAGCAUUAGAGCAAAACUAAUCUACUAAUCUGUCUACUUUCAAAUCUCUGUACAGAUAAAGCAACCGGUCGCGAUGAGAUAUCUGCCAGAUUGUUGAAAGAGUGUUCGAACGAGAUUGCUCCAUCCUUAACAGCGCUGUUCAACAAAUCACUCACUCUUGGUAAAGUUCCCCAGGAAUGGAAGGAAGCUAAUGGUGUCCCUGUUCCCAAGAAAGGUGAUGUUCACGAGGUCAGUAACUAUCGGCCGAUUUCCCUGCUGUCACUAGUGUCGAAACUUCUCGAGCAAGUUGUGCAUUUGCACGUGUCGGAAUUUGUUGAAUCAUCACUGAGUAAUCUGCAACAUGGUUUCCGCAAAAGACGUUCGUGUGUCACCCAACUUCUUCGCGUUUUCCACGACGUUGGUAAAGCCCUAGACUCGGGAAAGGAAGCUGACAUGGUUUAUUUAGACUUCUCCAAAGCCUUUGAUUCUGUUUCUCAUCGAAACCUUCUUUUGAAACUUGAACAACAUGGUAUCUCCGGUUCAUUGUUGAACUGGUUCUCCGACUAUUUGAGCGAAAGACGUCAGCGAGUAGUGGUCGACGGUGUGUCAUCCUCGUUUCUUAAUGUAACAUCAGGGGUACCACAAGGCAGCGUACUCGGCCCACUUUUGUUCUUGAUUUAUGCAAACGACCUCCCAAAGGCAGCGAAUCAUGGCACAGUGCCCAUGUUUGCUGAUGACAGCAAAUGCUAUCGUCAAAUAACCCAACCUCGAGAUAGAGAUCUUCUUCAGGAUGACCUAAAUUCCCUACACCAAUGGUCUAAGACGUGGGACUUAAAUUUCAAUGCGAAGAAGUGUGUUGCGCUCAUAUUUUCACGAAAGAAAACCUCCGUUCCACCUCAAGACUACUUCCUAAACCAGCAACUUAUAAAGUCUUCCUCCACACAGAGUGAUUUGGGUAUCCUGGUGAGCGACAAUUUAAAAUGGUCCCAACACAUCAUCAAUAUCGUUUCUAAAGCCAACAGAAUGCUUGGGUUUCUGCGCCGCAAUUGUUUCCACCUCACUGACGUGGAUGCUCGCCGCCUUCUGUAUUUGUCUCUGGUCCACUCUCACUUAUCGUUCGGCUGCGAAGUCUGGGCUCCUCAAGGUGCGUCUGCUGAUCUGCUUCAUCUCGAAGGAAUUCAACGCCGGGCAACAAAGUUUAUUCUUCAGGACUAUGAUUUGUCAUACGUUGGUCGCUUGAAAAAACUAAAUCUAAUCCCCCUUUCCUACUGGCAUGAAAUUAAAGACAUUAUAUUCCUCUACAAAUGUAAAUACGGGAUGUACGAAAUUGACAUGAAUCAGUAUAUAACCCAACCUCUUCACCACUCCACUCGUUCCAGUUCUGGUGAUCUUCGUCCAAACCUGUGCAAAACCUCCCUCUUCCGAAACUCAUACUUUAACAGAAUUGUAUUUUUAUGGAACAAUUUACCGUCUGAUAUCAAAUCAUCUUCGUCAGUCACCAUACUUAAAUCUAAACUAUAUAUAUAUUACACUAGAAAGCUGAAUAGUACUUUUGAUGUAGACCGUCCUAGAACAUGGAAAACUGUAUGCAGUAAAUGUCAUUCUUUACAUACAAUCUGUUGUUCAUAGAUGUAAUUAUAAUUGUUGUAUGUCCUAAUGUUUAUGUAUAUAAUAUGUAUUCUUGUAAUACCUAUAAGUAAUUAUGUAAUGUACGUUUUUGGUGGGACUUAAUUAGGGACUCACGUCCUGUUGUCGUUACCUUCGGUCAUUUGAUUGUAAAGUUAAUAAAAAAAAAUAAAAAAAUAAAAAUAUAUCACAAAUAUUAUUGGCUUGCUACCGCCACCUUUGCCACCAUCGCCUCACUACCUCAACUGCUACUGCUGCAUAUAUAUUGUACUUGUACUAUCCUGCAAAUUUUAUUUUUGUAGAGCAAUAUUAUUAAUAUUAAAACAACCAUUAUAUAUCAGAAAUAUUAUUGGCUUGCUACCACCGCCACCAUCGCCACCACCACCUCACUACCUUAACUGCUACUGCUGCAUAUAUAUUGUACUUGUACUACCCUGCAAAUUUUAUUUUUGUAGAGCAAUAUUAUUAAUAUUAAAACAACCAUUAUAUAUCACAAAUAUUAUUGGCUUGCUACCACCGCCACCAUCGCCACCACUGCCACCAUCGCCUCACUAUCUCAACUGCUACUGCUGCAUAUAUAUUGUACUUGUACUACCUGCAAAUUUUAUUUUUGUAGAGCAAUAUUAUUAAUAAUUUUGAAACAAAUGAUAGCGAUAUUACAUUUAUUAAACGACGUUUCGAUGCUACAGCGUGCAUCAUUUUCAAGUUAUAGUAUUACAUAUAUUGCGUUGAUUUUAAUUAAACCGUUCGUGUCACGUUAGCAAAUUAUUGCGUAAGCAUGCAAAAUUUAAAUUUAUAUGACGUAAUAAAUUACAUAAAUUACAUUUAAAAGAAAACAUAAAACAGAUUAAACAUAUUUCUGUCUUUCAUAAAUAUAUAACAUGCACACAAAAAACAACAACAAACAAACAUACUAAACAAAACAAAACAAACAUAAAGCCCAUUAAUUAUAGGACUAAGUAUAAAGUUUUGAACGAAUUGAGUCCGAUUGAGUGUUCAAGGACGGCGAUAGUUCCUUAAUAUACAGCAUUUCGUAUAGAAGACACUCAUACUUUCCUUGGCAUUUUCGUAGAAUUGAAAAGCAACCUUCAAUUCUCGACGCAUCCUCUUCGUGAUCUUCCCUCAUAUGUUUCCAGAUUACCGAUCGCUUGUGCUCAUCAAUGCGCUGAUGUAAGUGCCGACUAGUAUAGCCAACAUAAUCUGUAUCGCACAGAUCACAUUUAUAUCUAUACACAAUGCCAAGGAAAGUAUGAGUGUCUUCUAUACGAAAUGCUGUAUAUUAAGGAACUAUCGCCGUCCUUGAACACUCAAUCGGACUCGAUUCGUUCAAAACUUUAUACUUAGUCCUAUAAUUAAUGGCUUUAUGUUUGUUUUGUUUAGUAUGUUUGUUUGUUGUUGUUUUUUGUGUAAUGUUAUAUAUUUAUGAAAGACAGAAAUAUGUUUAAUCUGUUUUAUGUUUUCUUUUAAAUGUAAUUUAUGUAAUUUAUUACGUCAUAUAAAUUUAAAUUUUGCAUGCUUACGCAAUAAUUUGCUAACGUGACACGAACGGUUUAAUUUAAAUCAACGCAAUAUAUGUAAUACCACAGAGUAGAGACAUACAGAGACGUAACUAGUGUACCCACUUUUUUUGUGCGCAUGCUCGGCAAGUUACUAGAUGCAUGCAUCUGAUUGGAUGACGACCUGAUGACGACUCAUUUUAAACUUGCUGAGCACGCGCAGUUGAUCAUUUUUUGCCCGGUCGCUUGAAAAAAAGUGGGUACAUGAUAACGUCACAGAAUAGGAAGUUAUACCAGAAGCGUAACUCGAGCAAAUAUUUGUCCGCGAUUUUACAAGCGAUUCGUCAUCAAUCACGCCAUCCUGGCUAGUACAACCGGCACUUUGUACCUACCAAAUCCUGAUAAAAACUUCCGGCUGUACUAGCCAGGAUGGCGUGGCUUGACGUGAGCGAGUUAAAAUUUUCGUGUACGUCAAACAAUAAGGGAAACGACUAGAGUUACGCUUCUGGUAUAACUUCCUAUUCUGUGACUUAACCGUAUUAAUAUGUUGCCUGAUGAUUGCUUGUUGCAUGAAACUUAAAGUAGCAACUUAUUCAAUUGAAAAAUUGUAUUAAAAUAUUAAAUUAUUAUUAUAUGCUCUACAAUUGUCUUGUAUUGAGAACUCUUUAUUCUUAAAAACGGGAAAUUACUUUAUGAAAUUAUAUAUAUAUAUAUAUAUAUAUAUAUAUAUAUAUAUAUAUAUAUAUAUAUAUAUAUAUAUAUAUAUAUAUAUAUAUAUAUAUAUAUAUAUAGGUUUCUAUACGCCAUAUUGCAGGGCGUGCAAAAACAUUGGGGCGAGCGCGCGGCCACCAAUGGCGCCCAUACUAUUUCCUAUUGAGUGAGUGAAAAUUACCUUUUGACAUUUUGUCCUUUUUCUCAAAAAACUUCUAUACAAGCAUAUCCAAUUUUUAUUUUUAGAUAAUCGCUGGGUUUUUUCUGAUAUGUGGCCGAGAUUUCUUGCUAAUCGAAGGACAGGAAGUAAUAAAAAACGGCGGCUUUGUUGUACCACUUGACCGACGAUUUUUGUACAAAUAUACAAAUAUAAACAGUAAUAAUGGCGGACACCAAAGUACUUACACACUUAAUUGACAAAUAUUCUUCCAAAGGUGUGCAACAAAAGCCGCCGUUUUUUAUCACUUCCUGUCCUUCGAUUAGCAAGAAAUCUCGGCUACAUAUCAGAAAAAGCCCAGCGAUUAUCUAAAAAUAAAAAUUGGAUAUGCUUGUACAACAAAUAUAUUGCCUGCUAUGUUUUGACUGUUUAAAAUAUUACACAACACAAUGAUUGUUUUACUGUAUAAAUAUAUAAUAAAAUAAUAAAUAUGUGGUAUUUGACUACUUACCAGAUGAGGAUAAGUUUCCAUGUUGAUAGAUAACUUCGGAAUAAUAUACGUGCAAGUAGAAUGGCACGUAUAAAAAUUGUAAAACUUUCAGAUUGAACUAUAGUAUAGUAACACUCUUAGUACUCUUUUAAUUUUAAUAUAGUGUUCUCGUGCUACAUAAGUCUUUAUAAAUAAAUAAACAGAUCCCUACGAAUAAAAUUCGUUACUAACCAAGUAUAACAACACUAUAAUAUAUAGUACACACGUUCAAUUUCUUGUUAGCCGCCAUCUUGGAUUAUUUUUGUACAACAUUGUAUAUCUAAGCCAUUAUCUAAGCCCAAUGAUCUAAGCUCGUCGCUAAUUGGUGAACAAUUACAUCAUCGUAAAUUUGUAAGCUCGUUGCUGAUCGGUGCCACCCAUUUACUCGCACGAUGGCAUAGCUCUGCUCCGCAGAUACAACAAACGCUCAAAAACUUCAACGUUGUGAAGUUAUCUUAA